AUACCUCCAAGUUUUGAGCCCCAGGUGCAACCCCAACAUCGACCCGUCGCAGCACUUUUAUCGUUCGAUCCAAUUUGUGGUGGUGUGAAAACAAUUCAUCGCAAUAUUGUGGUUUCUCUCCACCCGCUCAGGUGGGGUCGGCUCUCGGAUCGCGAUUACCCCACGAACAACAACAAAUGCGUUGAUCCCUCCACCCAUUCAAAACCUCGAAAAUGACCGAAAACGAGCCUUCCGACAGUGAGAUUAAUGCCUACGCGACAACAUGGGAUCCUGACCGCGAAGACCUUCGUUGGGUACCACCCGCAGCUGCUCUUCCCGCCCUCAUCAACCUCCCAACCCAUACUGAAGCUGUUUAGGAAGCAAAUCGCCUUUUGAUGAACACAGGAUUCGCCAUCAGCAUCAGGACCCCGCUCUACACGAAACCUUCAAGGGCAAACCCGGUGAGGGCAGUUCGCGGAGCUGUAUUGCGGUGUGCACAAGGUAGAACGUAUAGCUCGACUGGUAGCAACAAGCGGAAACAGAGCUCUAGAAUGACUGCCUGUGAGUGGAAAGGACGCAUGAGGUGGGUAGAAGCCGAAGGAGCUUCUGGAGCUUCUGGAUGGCAAUUCAUUACAGAAGAUGGGCGCCACAACCAUCCUGCUGCUGGUGUACUUGCUUUGCCGCAGUUCCGGAAGCGCGAUGAAGCUUUACUAGAGCGCAUCAAGGGCGCGAAGAGCAAUCGCGACUCAGCCAUGAAGAUACUGAGAAAGGAACGUUCGGCGGGAGCCAAUAUAACACGCUCAGAUGUAUCAAAUGAGUUGGCGAAGCUCCGCCGCGAGGAGCUUGGUGGCCGUACACGUAUUCAAGCGCUGGCUGAGUUCCUCUCAACAUACUCUUGUGAUGACAGCGGUAACGAGGAUACCAAGUUCUGGCAUAGGAUAACCCAGAAUGAUCAAGGUCGUGCCCGUAUCAUUUUCUUUG